AACUAGUAAAUAAAAAUGGCUGGGAAGUUGAAAGUUUAUUCCGUAUCAAAGUGGUGAAAUAAUUAAUAAUAUGAGUUGAAAAUUGUAGAAUUAUGUUCUUACAAACGUAGAUUUAAAAAGUAAGCAAUUAGUUUCAACAGUUUGCAAUUUAAAAUAUAGUUUAAUGAUAGAAAUAAAAUAAUUUUCUAUUGUAAAGACAUCUGGAGGUAGCGCCAGUGGAUAAGAAGCAGUCGAAAAUAAGGAUAUUUUCGUUUCAAGUGUUCACAGUAAGACAUGAAUUCCUUCUAUUUUUAGACUGGCUUCGUGAGUUGUUCGUCGAAUCUUCUUCAGUUCCUGAACUGACAGCGUAUUACAUUACAUUCCAUAAAUCAUCAAAAAUGGUUGUGGGAGAGGCCAGUAUACACAAUAUUAUGGGGGGUAUGGAAAGUACGGGAGGGGUACGACUUCAUAAUCAUAAAAGAAAAUUAAAACAAAGGUUUGAUAUAAUUAAAAAAUUAGGUCAAGGAACAUAUGGCAAGGUACAGUUAGGAAUAAAUAAAGAAACCGGCCAAGAAGUAGCAAUUAAAACAAUUAAAAAAUGCAAAAUAGAAACUGAAGCUGAUCUAGUCAGAAUUAGAAGAGAAAUUCAAAUUAUGUCCAGUGUUCAACAUCCAAAUAUUAUUCACAUUUAUGAAGUUUUUGAAAAUAGAGAGAAAAUGGUGCUAGUCAUGGAAUAUGCAGCUGGAGGUGAAUUAUAUGAUUAUUUAAGUCAAAGAAAAGUUUUAACGGAAGAAGAAGCACGACGAAUAUUUCGUCAAAUAGUGACAGCUGUUUUUUACUGUCACAAACAUAAUAUUUGCCAUAGAGAUUUAAAACUCGAAAAUAUUUUAUUGGAUCAAAUUGGAAAUGCUAAAAUAGCAGAUUUUGGUUUAUCGAAUGUUUUCGAUGGGAAAAGACUGUUGAAUACAUUUUGUGGAAGUCCACUUUAUGCGAGUCCCGAAAUUGUCAAAGGAACACCCUAUCAUGGACCUGAGGUCGAUUGUUGGAGUUUGGGUGUUCUUUUAUAUACUCUUGUUUAUGGUGCCAUGCCAUUUGAUGGAUCUAAUUUCAAGAGACUAGUCAAACAAAUAUCGUCUUCCGAUUAUUUUGAACCAAAAGUGCCAUCUCCUGCGUCUACUUUAAUUAAAGAAAUGCUGACAGUAUGUCCAGGAACAAGAGCUGAUAUACAAAAAAUUUGUAUCCACUGGUGGGUAAAUGAAAGUUAUGAAAAAAAUUGUCUACAUAUUGCUGAAGAAUUAGCUGCUCAAACACCAGUGCGUUUAGAUUUAUUACUAUCACUUGUUCCACAAUCGGCGAAUGCUGAUAAAUUAGUUAUAGAUGAACAUCAAUCGGACGAAUCAAAUCUUACUGCCGAUGUUACAUCAUCGGAAGUUAUAAUGCCAACAAGAUCAUAUUCUGCUGAUAAUUUCAUGGAAUUUGAUCGAAGCAAUUCAAGUACAGUUUUACGUGAAAUAGCCGAUAUGGAAUCAUCGAGACAAACAAAUAAUGGUGAUGCAAAGAGAAAAUUGGAAAGUACAUCGUCGGUAGACGAAAACAUGGCAGCCCUACAAAAACGAAAGGAAAGUUCAAAAACAGAAAAAGAUGAUAAACCAGAAACAGCAAUGGAUAUUGAUGUUUCCUCAAUUUCUGUAAAUCAAACAACGCCAACAGUUAAAAAUUCCGAAAAUAUAAAUGAUACAACUGAAAAAUUAACCGAUCCCUUGGAAAAUAAAAAAAUACUUGAAAGUGAUAAUUCCAAAAAAGUAGCAAAUAAAAUUACUGUUGAUCUAACUGGAAAACAUGUGAUGAUUGAUUCAAAAGAUAAUAAUCGUGAUUUAGAUUCAGAGAAUCAAAUUUCCGAAUCACCUGUUAAAAGUGUUAAGAAAUUAAGGGAUAAAUCACAUUCACUUGAUUCAUCAUCAAUAAGUGAUGUGACAAAAGCCGUUAAGACUGUUGAACGACGACGUUCGAAAAUUUUUGAAACUGCUGAAAAGUUUAAUCAAAUGUUAUCAAAUGUCGAAAGUGAAAAACCAAAGAAAAUUUUCAUUCCCGGUGUAAAUGUGGGUGGUGCAAAACGUGCAUUUGAAAGAAAAGCAAGUCUUAAUUCUGGCACAUUGCCAAUUUCUUCAAAAGAAAAAACAUCACCAAAAGUUAUAAAAAAUACAACUAUUGAUAAAAAAUCAGAAAAACAUCCAGAUGAAGUGAAAUUAAAUACCGAUGAUGGUAAAAUUGAGAAAAAUAUUUCAACACAAGAAAAUAUUUCCAAUAAAUCUGAUCCAAAUUCAAAACGAAAUCUUAUUAUACAAUUGGGACCUAAUGAUUUGAGAUCCGCUACAGUUACUGUUUCAACUCCAGUCGAGACUAAAUUAUCACCACCUGAAUUAAAACAAGAUUUACAACCAAAAAUGGUGAGCGAUGUUGAACCAGUAAAAAGUAAUUUAUCUGAGAAGCCAAAAAAGAGCAGUAAAAUGGAAAUAACAUUAAAAAGUACAACUAAAGUUGCGACACCGCCGCCAAAAACAAAAAAAACUGAAGUUCUAUUAGGAGAAUUGAAAUCUCCAACAUACAAAACGGAAAUCGAAGCAAAAAUCAAUGAAACUGAUCCACGAAAAAUGCAAACACAACGUUCAGAAGUGGCUUUUCCAAUUGCCGCGGUAUCACCACAAAUUAGUGCAAGUUCAAGUUAUGAAAAUAAAGAAAAAUCUUCCAUUGCAUUCAGAAGAGAACACAGUGUUCCUAUUCAGAUGGACCUUUCAUAUAAUCCAACUGAACAGAAAAGAACACCAUUGGAUUCACCAUCAACAGAAUAUUCAGAAACAUUGGAACGUCAAUCGACUAUUGAUUCUGAUACUGAUAAUACUUCAAAAUCUGUCAUUGGACCCGAGCCAAUUAGAAAAAGUCCUAGAGAAUAUAUUAUUCCUAUUGCCGUUGAAGGUGCUAAUUAUAUAACACCGCGAGCCGAUAGCGCUGAUAUAGAGAGUAAAAACAGCGCCUCAAGUUUGUCCAGUUUGUCGAGAUCUAGAUUUGGAAAAACCAGAAGAAUAAGCUCUCUACUAUCUGACGCAAGUGAAGAUGAUGAAUCACCAUUCUUGUCACUUAGUAGGGAUAGCGAUGAUCUAUUUCAACGUCACAUGCAUCGUUUAAGAAGUUCCCGACCCAGAAGACAACCAUCUGAUCUUGCCGAUAGUUUAUCAUCAGGCGAAGAUGAUGACGAUGAUGGUUUUGAAUUACUCACGGCUGAAAAUUUAUUCUCAACAUUAUUAUCACGAGUACGAAGUCUCACUCAAAGAUUAAAUGUGGACGACAAUAAAAAUAGUCUCUUCCCUAAUUCCAGAUUGCUUGGACGUUUUGAUUCUAAUCCAUCUCAAUCUUUUUGGGGAACACGCGAACCUUUAUCAAGGCGAAUCUCAGAAUCACAAUUCCCACGUUCAUCGAAUUGUGACAUUGAUCGACUGAGUCGUAAAAAUUCAUUUGGACUUUUGAGUCCGAAAUUUCAAGAUAGUCAGGGUUCACUCGGAGAAUCAUCGAAAGAAAGUCUUUCAUCCUCUGGGAAAAGUAACACUUUGCCAAGGGCGACUGUUCGAGUGACUCUACAUAGGCGAGGCGACGGUAAUUCCCCGUACACAAAUCAAGUUAGGUGCCACACUGAAUCAACUUAGCAACUUCACUCAUUAUUGGCUACAUUUUUAUUAUAACAGAUCUAAAUUGUAGACAUCUUGUAAUCUAAAAUAUUUGUUAAUAUUGACUUUAAUAUUGUAAUAUAUAAUAAACGUAUGAAAAUAAAAAAAUCAAAUAAGAGAAA